AUGGCAUCGACGCACGGUCCCGAUACGCCUCUCCCUGGCAUAGCUGGAGCCGUUCGCAAGCGGCCAAAGUACACCAGGUCUAAAAAGGGAUGCCUCACCUGUCGAGCCAGAAAGAUCAAGUGUGACGAGCGUAAGCCCAUCUGUACUCGCUGUGAACACGGGCAUCGUGAAUGUACAUGGCCCGAGGCGGUCCUCCCACGUCGCCGCAAUGUAAUCAGAGGUGUAGAAAACGAAGAUGAAGAAAAAGAAAACGACGAAGCGGACAACCAGCUCAGGUUUUCCAACUCUGGGUUCGCCGUGUCAACUGGAUUCCCUCCUUCCUCAACCACCCCGUCUCAUUUCCCCGGUCUCGGUCACAGCUCACUCUUUGCAUGGGGUCGAUACGCCUUUGAUUCAGACGUUCAUCCCUUGAGAUCCCCGUUUCAAAUGCCCACCAUCCUCCCUCGCGCCUCUCCCCCCCCUCCCCCUCCGGUUUUCUUGGAUGGCCGAGCACCAACAGACACGACUUAUGCUCUCGGAGAAUUUCAACCAUGGCAGACCUUCCCAAUCGGUUCAAUACCUGCACACAGUAACUAUCUGAACACUGGGUCGAUCUUCCCGGCUUGUCUCAGCGUGUCCUCGUGCGACAGGGAUCUUCGACGUGGGAGCCAGAACUCGAAUGCACCGAAAGAUGACGGAAGACGGAGCAGGGACGCACCAGUCUCUUCUCCGGCUAGGUCAUCUUUCGGCCUAGCCAGAGGUGGUGUGGGAGCUGGCAAUGGUGUUGGCAUUAUGGCUGCAAGAAGUAACCCUGGAAAUACCGCGCCGAGUACGAGGCAGAAGAAUACUACUGCAACCCCAGUCACAGAUCUUAAAGCCGUCAAAAGAAGACCAUCUCUCAUCGCUGCAGAUAUCGAGGAUAGUAAGAGCAAAGAGGUGGUCCCACGGCAUAUCAGGUCCUAUUCUGAUCUCAGAACACGGGAAGAUCUCUCUGGUGACGGAAUAGCGUUUUCGCUUGAUUUUGCAGUCGAACGUUCGUAUAAUCAACUUAAAAGGCUCCCAGUCGAACUAUGGCGCCUCAUUUUUGAGGCCUAUGUGCUCGAUUGCCCCGUAGGAGUUCUGAUGCUCGUAUGCAGAGAUUGGAACCGUAUCUGCCUCGAUACACCGAGGAUCUGGAGGAGAAUCCUCCUUUCGGCGGAUACUACACCAAGUUCUCUACGUGCUGGUAGCGUCCAUACCUGCACAUCCAAAAAGGCCGUCAACGACACGCUCAAGUACGCAGGCGCCAGUUUACUCGAAGUCACACUCGUCGUGGGCCCAAAUGACGAGAAUGCGCCCACCCCAGAAGCCAGAAGUGAAUUCUUCCACCUGGUCAAACCCCACCUCCCAAAGGUCACGUUCUUGUGUGGUAUCGUUAACCCCCGCAUGACGCUUGACCUUGUCAAGCGUUCCCUCGGAGGGGUUUUCGAUGAAGGCGAUCUAAAGAGCCUUGAGUCGCUUAUGAUCGCAUCAGCCUACCCAAUUGGUUCGCUUUACGAGCCACUAAAGGAGAUGAUCGACGCAGUCGACAAGUCAUCUGAAAAGCUCCGUAGCGUCUAUCUGGAAAAUGUCAAUCGAGAUAUUCUCGUUAGCCUUUCGGAGCGUCCCUUCUGGACCCGCUUGGUCCGCAUCACUGUUCGCCACGAGUUUGACGCUGUGGACGCGUCUUGCUUUGCCGGGUGUACGGCAUUGGAGUUCUUGUCAUACUCUGGUGAACUCGCCUACGCCGAAACAAACUCUAAGCGCAAGGUCGAAUACCCAACGCUCAAGUGGCUCAAAGUCGGCCUUAUCACCAUGAACGCCCUCAGUAUGCUCAAGCUUCCCGUCCUCCACACGCUGUUCAUCGACAGCGUCCGAAACGAAUACUCAGACGCACCCCCUCCCCCACACUCGAUCGUCCUUCCGCAGCUCAAGGUCUUCCAUUUGCUCACAGUAAUGCCGACCGCAGCAGCAAUCCGGGCCCCAAAGCUCGAGACGUUCCACCUGAGCAUUCAAACCGUGAAACAAACCGAUGCUGACAACGUCCUUCGCGCAAUCUUCGACGGCUCAGAGGGGAUGCUUCAACCAAAGCAUCUUUCCAUCUCGGCACCAGCGCACGACAAGCACCUUCUCAACGUGCUCAAAUUACAACCCAACCUGAUCUCACUCUCUCUCGACCAACAAGCCCAAUACAGCAAAUCCUUUUUCCGCGAACUCACGCCGUCGACCCGGCACGCCCGUUCGUUCUUUGGCGCAGGGAGCAUCAAGCCGGCUAAACCCGUGCUCGUGCCGAAACUGAGAAGCUUGACGAUGGAUAUGCAGCGAAUUAUGACAGCAAAGGGUUUAAUGACGCGCUUCGGCAAAGACAAUCCAACUCUCAUCAGGGAGUUGAUUCUCCGUCGUAGCGAGUCAAUCGGAUGCAUCGCACUACAGCGAGUCACCUGUCGCUGGAAGCCUAACGAGCCAAACGAGGAGUUGAUUCGGCCCUACCUCUCGCCACAAUGA